AAAUUGGCUGGAUAUAAAGUUGCUUUGGCAGAACCUCAGGGUGAAAAUGAAGAUGACAUAGAGGUUCGGGAAAAAGAGCGCCAAGAAGAGCAGGCCAAGAUUGAUAAUGCCGAAGCAUUAACUGAAGAGGAAGAGGCAGAAAAAGAAGCAUUAAUGGAAAAUAUUUUCGAAGACUGGAGUAAAAGAGAUUACAACAAUUUUUUGUAA